AUGAUUUGCUUAAGUUGGAAUUGCCGGGGGCUUGGGAACCCUCGGACAAUUCAUGAGCUUCUCCAACUGGUGAAGACUAAGACCCCACACCUGGUUUUUCUUAUUGAAACCAAGUGCUCUAGUGAAAAGAUGGAAACAAUCAGAGUCAGAACGGGUUUUGAUAACUAUUUUGCAGUAGGUAGUGUUGGAAGAAGUGGUGGUUUGGCCCUCUUGUGGAACUCUAGCAUAGAGGUGAAGGUGGAUACCUACACUAACUGGCACAUUUCAGUUCAUGUAAAACUGCCAAAUAGUGAUAAGUCAUGGCUACUAAUGGGGUUCUAUGGUCAUCCUAUUACUGCUAAGAGGUCUGAAACGUGGCAAAUACUUAAAGCAUUAAAACCAGCACCACAAGACUCGUGGUUGUGUUUUGGUGAUUUUAAUGAAAUAACUUGCUUAAGUGAAAAAUAUGGGGCAGCUAUAAGACCAUAUAAGCAAGUUAGGGAAUUCAGACAAACCCUAGCACAAUGUGAGCUAAAUGACUUAGGUUUUCAGGGGGAUAAGUAUACCUGGGCAAAUAAUAGAGAGGGAAGCAAUUUCACCAAGGAAAGACUUGAUAGAGUACUUGGGAACUCCUCCUGGAUUGACAAGUUCGAAGACCACACAGUGCAGCACCUAGCUACUUACUCAUCAGAUCACAAGCCUCUAUUGAUAACCUUGCAAACAAGAAAUAACAGGCCAAGGAAAAAAAGAAUUUUCAGAUAUGAAGCCAAAUGGAAAACAAAGGAAGGCUGUGAAGCUCUCAUCAAAAGAUCCUGGGAGGAUAUCCGAGGGUCUAUGGACAAAAUUGGAAGUACAUUGCAAAGGUUGAGAAGCUGCAAAACCAGUCUAAAGAAGUGGAGCCAUAACCAAUACAAGAAAGACAAAGCAGCCCUACAGUCAAAAACUGAGUUGCUAAACCACCUAAAAGACCAGAACGAAGGCCAGUAUUAUGAUGAGAUCAGAGCUAUUCAGAAGGCAGUGGACCAGUUACUAGAUGAGGAAAAUACAAUGUGGAAACAAAGAGCAAAACAGAAUUGGCUUAGGGAAGGUGAUAGAAAUACUUCUUUUUUUCACAAGUGUGCAAAUCAGAGGAGAAAGUACAACUCCAUCACCAAGAUCCGAAAUGGGGCAGGGCAGGAGGUAACUAGUAAGGAAGGCAUAAGUGAUGAGAUACAAAAUCAUUUCAAAGCAAUCUUCACCUCUUCUAAACCAAAUAGCAUGCAAGCUUGCCUGGAAUCACUUCCUUGCAAAAUUACUACUGGAAUGACAGAAGUGCUAGGCCAGGAAUUUACAGAAAUUGAGGUUAGGGAGGCCAUAUUCAGUAUGAAUCCUUUUGGCUCCCAUGGGACAGAUGGGUUUCCAGCAGUGUUUUUCCAAGAUCAUUGGUCGAUAGUGGGUCCAAGAGUUACACAAGCAGCUCUCUCAGCCCUGAAUGAUAGCAAGUAG